AUGACCGCCGUCUCUCGAUAUGCGGAUCUGCCGCCGUCCACGCCUGCUCUUCGACGCUCGUUGAGGCAUGGCGCUUCUGUUCCAAAUCAAACUCCGAGCGACAGAGCCAACGCAACCAUUAGCGAUAGCCCGCUACCGCCAGCACCCGUUAGUCACUUUCUGGGAGAGGACGAAUCGGAAUCGGAAGCACCGGCGCCGUUGACCAGUACAACAUCAUAUGCUCACAGUAACAUCAACACAGCGCAUCCACGUGCUAGAUCAUACCGCAUCUCAGCCGAGGCGCAACGAGAAACACAUUCGGAUCCGUACGAUGACUCACCAGGAACAGGCCGUCGAGCAGUUCCUAUGGCAUCGACUCAACGAGACGAACUUCAACAUCUCAGGGCCUCCAGCGUCUUUCGCGAAGUACAGACACAGGAAUCGCUAAGCCGAUCUUCACCGUUUGCUUCCUCAGCACCCUUUCAACACGAUGAGGUGCACUCUAAGAGCUCGCCACCGCUUCGUUCAGCAAAGGCAGCUCUUCAUGCAGCUGCUUCGCCUCUCUAUGAUGGUGCCGAGCUGAGGCUUAGUACAGCUUUGUCUAAUCGUAGACGCAGCAACGAAAAGCCCAACGAGGAAGAGGAGAAAAAGGUCCGAUAUGCUCCGAUCGAGGAACGUGCUUCUGCCAAGCGCGACACUCCUGACGAUGCGGUAUCCCGAGCUGCUGCUUCCACUGCUGCUGCAUCUUCCAACGUACAGAUAUCAACGGGCUACCGUACACCUGCAAUGGCCGGCCGUGCUCUUCGAUCGAAUGCUACUUCGGCUGCUCCAACCACAGCUCAACGCAGUGCCGCACGCAGCCUUCGCACUCUCACGCGAUCAUCCAAUCGUCACCCACCGGCGAGGCGAGUGGUGCGGCGAUAUUCGGACGAUGAAGACGACGAUCUGGAAGAAGAGGGCGGUGCCCAUGCAAAUGACAAAGAAGCCCAAAGUAACAGCCCGGAACGGGAUCACGAGCGCCUUUCCCGUCACAACCAAGACGGCAGCUCUAAUUCUGGCUCUGGAUCGGGAUCUGGCUACGGAUCCGGUCCCGGUGCGGUACCUGGCGCCGCUGAGGCCAUUGAACGGCCAGACAAACGAUUCUUGCCUUACGGCUAUGAUGCGGAGAAGGAGAAGAUCAGAGCAGAGAUGAUGGAAAGGGCAUCGCUGGUGCGAUCGCCUGGUCCGGUAGCCAGCCGGUCUCGUGAUGACGCCAGCCCCGAAGCACAAGAUCAAGAUUACGACAUGCAACCACCGCCGCCACCUCGUAGAAACGAAGCCCAUCCGUUUGCACGAAGAGCAGCAUUGGAACAAGCCAAUGGCUCCAUCCAUCCGACUAGAGGGCAAGCCGAAGCCAUUCACAACUUCCUCGCUUCCAACAUUGCUGCACCAGUCGACCCUAUGGCGCAUCGACGAAUGGUUGCACCAUCUGCUAACGAUCUUCGAGCCAGUCAACGAGCUGCAGCGAACCACGAAGGUGUGCUCAAGUCGUCGACGCCCAUGGCGUCUACGUCGGCGGCAGCGACACAGGUUACGCAUGAAAAUGAAAACGAACCUGCAGAAGAGGAGGCUUGCCGUCUGUACUCCGAGAUUCGACACGAGGCCAUCUGGGCAGAGACGACACGGCAGAUGCAAAAGCCGCUCAGCCAGCAGGAACGCUUCAUGAAGGAGAUUGCUGGAUCAACACGAUGCGUCAAGUUGCCUGGCUUCAAGUUCCGCAGAAAGCAGUUAACCAAAGGCGGCUUUUCGACCGUGCACGUUCUACGAGGUCCCGCAUGCGAAAAGGUGCGCAAUCCGGAAACGCAGACAAUCGACGAAAUGGCAGUUCCUGAAGAGCAGCAGGCCUUUUUUGCGCUCAAGCAGGUCGACCUUAAACAAAUCGAGAGCGAGCAGGACAAGCUCGACCUCAUCGCCGAAGCCAACCUAUUGCGAACGCUGUCAGAUCUUCAAGGGAGCGAAAUGUACCUGCUGCGCUACUUUGGACAUCAUGUCACUGUCGACAAGAACGGAGUACCUGACAAGCUGCGCAUUCUCAUCGAGCUCGGCGAAGGCGAUUUCGGCACGCUCCUCGCCCAGCAAGCGCCGUUGCCGCGCGAGGCCAUCGCACACUACUUCCGCGAGAUGCUCGAGGCGGUGCAUUUCAUCCACGAAGCCAACCUGGUUCACGCCGACUUGAAGCCAGCCAACUUCUUGAUGGUCGACAACCGCAUCAAACUGAUCGAUUUUGGUAUUUCGAAAAAAAUUCCUAAGGGUACAGUGCAUAUUUCGCGGGACAACAUCAUCGGCACGCCCAACUACAUGGCGCCGGAAGCGAUCAAGAUUGCACGGGCCAAAGGUAGACGCGUGUAUAAGGCGGGUAAGCCAAGCGAUGUGUGGUCGUUGGGAUGUAUUCUGUAUCAGAUGAUCUGGGGUAGGCCACCGUUUGAUCGUGUUCCGGCGAACAGGAAGUUGGAGGCGAUCGUGGAUGCGAAUCACGAGAUUAUUUGGAAUCGGUUCAGAGAUCCAAGGUAUCCGGACAGGAUGGAGGUCGAUGACGAGCUUUUGGAUUGCGUCCAGUCUGCGUUGAGAUAUGGCUCGGAGGAGAGAGCAACGAUUCCGCAGCUGCUCAGACAUCCGUUUUUGCGCAAGUAUGCAGGCGAGGGCGAGAUGAUGGAAGAGGAGGAAGGAGAGGUGGUGGAUCUGAACGAGGAGGUGACCAUCUCGAGGAAGACCCUGAGAAGCCUAGUGGCUAGGAUCAGGUCGUUGGCAUUGCAGCAGGAGCUGACCGAGGAGAAUGUUGUCGAGAGGGCGGACCUGCUGUUUUUGAACUUGCAGCAGGCGCAACAACAGCAUGAACAACAGUAG